GAGUUGUAAGAAUCAGUCCUGAAAACGAUCCGCAGAAUGCCCCAUCGCCAGCCCCUGCCGUGAUGGCUGGGCUUCCCCCACCGCUCUCUAAUGACACCAAAACACUUCCCUCCGAAGAAGCUAAACCAAAUGAUUUUGAGAGGACCAAAGUCGGGGUCUGCAAGCUCAGCAGCACCCCAGUGCAAGCCAAUUCCACCCUCCGGAGGGGAUCUGUGGAAACCUUCCCAUGCAAACACAGCCCCGGGUCAGGGCCCGCCGGGCAAGCUGCGAUCCCUCACUGCAAAAUUCCCGCUUUGCAAAGCACCGACGGGGACGCUAACCUGAACCUUGGUAAGAGCGCACUGGAGCAAAACAACGUCAAGGGCGCCUGGGUGACCUUGAGCCAGAGUACCGUGGUGCUGGGCACAGAUGGCAACACUUCUGUUCUUCCUGGCAGAGUGGAGGGGGAAGACGAUGUGGGGGAUGAAAAUAAAGCCCGAGGGAACUGGUCUAGCAAGCUGGAUUUCAUCCUCUCCAUGGUGGGUUAUGCAGUGGGGCUGGGCAAUGUCUGGAGGUUCCCGUACCUGGCCUUUAAGAAUGGGGGAGGUGCGUUCCUCAUCCCCUACCUGAUGAUGCUGGCUCUGGCCGGGAUCCCCAUUUUCUUCCUGGAGGUCUCCCUGGGGCAGUUCGCCAGCCAGGGCCCCGUGUCGGUGUGGAAAGCCAUUCCCGCCCUGCAAGGCUGUGGCAUCGCGAUGCUGAUCAUCUCGGUCCUGAUAGCCAUAUAUUACAACAUUAUCCUCUGCUACACGCUUUUCUACCUUUUUGCAUCCUUCGUCCCCGUGCUCCCCUGGGCUUCCUGCAACAAUCCCUGGAACACGCCAGACUGUAAAGAUAAAAACAAACUUUUGUUAGAUUCCUGCAUUAUUGGUGACCACCCAAAAAUACAAAUCAAGAACUCCACUUUCUGUAUGAGUGCCUAUCCAAACCUGACUAUGGUUAACUUCACCAGUGAAGGCAACAAAACCUUCGUCAGUGGAAGUGAAGAAUAUUUCAAGUACUUUGUACUGAAGAUUUCAGCAGGGAUUGAAUAUCCUGGUGAGAUCAGAUGGCCCUUGGCACUAUCACUUUUCCUAGCUUGGGUGAUUGUCUAUGCCUCCCUUGCUAAAGGAAUCAAGUCAUCAGGAAAAGUGGUGUACUUUACAGCUACAUUCCCCUAUGUAGUUCUCAUAAUCCUUCUUAUAAGAGGAGUAACUCUACCUGGAGCUGGAGCUGGAAUCUGGUACUUCAUCACGCCAAAGUGGGAGAAGCUAGUUGAUGCUAUGGUUUGGAAGGAUGCUGCCACUCAGAUUUUCUUCUCCUUAUCUGCAGCAUGGGGAGGCCUCAUUACUCUCUCUUCUUACAACAAAUUCCAUAAUAAUUGCUACAGGGACACAUUGAUAGUCACAUGCACCAACAGUGCCACAAGUAUAUUUGCAGGUUUUGUCAUCUUCUCAGUUAUUGGCUUCAUGGCAAAUGAACUCAAAGUGAAUAUUGAAGCUGUGGCAGACCAAGGUCCUGGAAUUGCUUUUGUGGUUUACCCAGAAGCCUUAACUAGGCUUCCCCUCUCACCAUUCUGGGCUGUAAUAUUCUUUUUGAUGCUACUGACUCUUGGAUUGGACACUAUGUUUGCCACUAUCGAGACUAUAGUGACCUCUGUUUCGGAUGAGUUCCCCAAAUACUUACGUACACACAAGCCACUGUUCACUCUUGGGUGCUGCAUCUCCUUUUUCAUCAUGGGAUUUCCUAUGAUCACUCAGGGUGGAAUGUAUAUGUUACAGCUUGUGGACACUUAUGCAGCUUCUUAUUCUCUUGUCAUCAUUGCCAUCUUUGAGCUGGUUGGAGUUUCCUAUAUAUAUGGAUUGCAAAGAUUUUGUGACGAUAUAGAAAUGAUGAUUGGAUUUAAGCCAAGUAAAUUCUGGAGAGUCUGUUGGGCAUUUGUGACCCCAACUAUUUUAACAUUUAUUCUUUGCUUCAGUUUUUACCAGUGGGAACCAAUGACUUAUGGAGUUUACCAUUAUCCAGGCUGGUCCAUGGUGCUUGGAUGGCUGAUGCUGGCUUGCUCAGUUAUCUGGAUCCCAGUUAUGUUUGUGAUAAAAAUGCAUCUAGCCCCAGGCAAAUUUAUUGAGUAUCUCCUCAAGAAGCCAUCAUAUAAUUUGUGCCUAACUUUGUAUUCUUACCGUGUGUUGCCAGUUCUAGGCACUGCUGGAGACCUUUAAUCCUCAUGCAGGACAAGCGAAGCGAGGGCAGAUUUUGCAACAUCUUGUGCUGGCCCUGAAUCUCCAACCCACGGGCUCUGUCAGUCCCUGUCUCACACAGCAGGAAGACUGGAUCCUUCUGUGAGCUUCUCUGCUUUAAAGCUGCUUUGCCUCCUAUUUUAAUGAGGGGCUUGUUGUUAACUUGGCUUUUAUUUUCCUAGGCACGUAUAAGAAGCCAUGCUCUGUUUGGUGUAAUGAAGGUCUGUAAAGACGAACUGGAAAUUCAGCUCCCAUGUCUAUACGGGGCUGAGGGGCCCUUUCUGGUUGAAGAAAGGGACCUAAGUCAGCACCUUUUAGUGAGAAUUGGGUAUUUUUGUCAGGAUAAAUAGCUUUAGGCCUCUCUUUACCAAUAUUACCUAGCAUCUUGGUUUGAUUUUUGGAGUCCAGGCCAGUUUUUCUUCACUACUACUGUGAUUGGGGAAAAAAAAAUAAUCCAUAGGUUUGUUCCUCUUUUUUUUUAAAAAAGGAAACACUCUCAAAUGGCUUAACAGUUCUGAAUCCUUUCACUUACUAACUUGUCUCAGGACAUGCAUUGGAACUGGGAUUAACUAAUUGCAAUAAAAUUACCUCAGUGUAAGGGUGUCAGUUACUGUCUACUUUAAGCAUAAAAGAGAGAUCAUUUGAAGGAAUACUGCUAGGUUAUGAUAGCUUUUAUUUGGCUUGGAUUACCAAAUCAAGAAUGCAUAUGAAAAAUCAAAUUGCUUUCCAUGAUUUAUGUAAUUAAUCUGCUUGCUUUUAAUUUAGAUGUUGUUCCUGUGCCUGCUAAGUCAUUAGCACAGGAUUAAGCUUGAUUUUGAAACUCCGAAAACAAGCGAUAGUGAUUUUGUUCUAGCUGGUAUUUGCAUUCAGCUUUGACCUCCAUUCCUAAGCUUGCAAAAACCUUUGGAGAGAGGGGACAAACGCAUACAAAAAUCACUGAAGGUCUGAAGUUUUUGCUGUAUGUUUAAAGCAGAUUUUUUUCUCACAUUAGACUUUUUUGAGAAGUAUUUUACUAGCCAAAUCUGAAUGUUGAGAUUAAAGUAACCAGCAGUGUCUUCUUUGAAUGAGAAGUAACCUUGAAGUUUGGAAUGCACUUCAUUUACCAUGUCCUAGGAAAAGUUUGCAUGUACUUCGAUAAUUUUCUAAAAUUAAAUUUUAGUAACUAAUUAAAUACCAGUAAAGAUAAAAAGAAAAAAAAAAAAAAAAAGAGGGGAAAAAGCCAUAUUAGUAAAAAUGUGAUGUACGUACUUGCAGAUCUAUCUAUCUUGUGAGUAAAAAAUGUUCAAUUUGGUGAAAUUAUGUUGCCUAUUUUUUCUUUGAAAUUAAAUUUAAUUUCUGGAUGAGCUGAGAUGCAUUGUUGUACGCAUUAAAGAUUAUACCUAAUACAAAUGCUUGCCAUCUUCAAAUUAUUUGGGGUCUUCCUAGUGUGUUUAAUAUGCAGUGUUCACAACAUGUGUUUCAGCUAGAUGUGGCAGCACUUUGUUUCCAAAAAGAAGGGUUUAACAAAAUGACCUUUAAUUGAGAAAGACUUAGGUUGUCUUUUAUGAUGUUUCAAUUGGGUCAAAGUAGUCUUCUGCUUAGGUUCUGCUCCACUGACUGCAUUAGAUGUGCCUCAGCGCUGAAGAUCAUUGCUUCCAAUACACUAUGUGGUUUUCUCUUACCAUAAAAUUCCAAUGCCUGGUUUAUUUUAAAUACUUUUGGCCUUUUUGAAUAUAUGUACAGUUGUAUGGAUAACAUGAUUUCUUGUUGUCUGUGUUAAAGCAGUUGCUUGUUUUUGGCAGACGUUGGUUUCCUAUUCUGCAGCUCCUCUUCUUCUUGCAAAGACAGACUUUUGUAGGGAUUGUGGGUUUGCAAAGCUGUAGCAAAGCAGUGUCCCAGAAAGCUUCUCAGCUUCUCUGCUUUGCUAAGUAACGCUGUUGUAAGAGACAUUUGUUUCUUCAUUUGUAGUUAAAUGGUAUCCACUGUAAAGUGGUCAGAGCUUGAUAGUCCCAAGGGACUCAGGUAGACGACUUGAGGCAGGGAGGGUAUGGAUAUUGGGGGUUUCUGCCUUUGUCACUCUCAGGCAGCCUAUGGCCAAAGAGAGAAGGUUUUCCUGAUGGGUUUAACAUGAUGUGAGAACCAGGCUGGACCUUAUUGCUCGCAAUAUUAUUAUUUGCCCAUAACGUUUAAACAUCUUCAGGUAACCAUUUGCCUUAUAGCUAUCUUCCAUUGUUAAGGAAAAUUAUUGAUUGACUAAAACUUGUUGUUAUCUGUCAUUUAUAUUAUGUAGAAUUACCUUGUAAGGUAGAUGCUUAGCUGGUAUAAACUGUCACAGCUUCAUGUGGGGCUGUGACAGUUCACACCAGCUGAGAAUUUGCGCCCUGUGUCCUAUGGCACUUUAUUACGGACCCAUCACUGAUGGGUUAAAUCUUAAUUACUUGCGUAAUGUCGUAUAUAAAUAUAUAUAUAUAUUUACAGGCAUUCUAUGGGGUACUGCUGCCUAUGGAUAAAGAUUUGUACCCUAACCAGGUCAUUAUAAUUUUUUUCAUUAGCUAUAUGUGGAGGAGAUACAUUAUGUUACAAAGGAUGCAUCAUAUAUAUCUCAUGUAGUGCAUAUUAUAAUGCUGUAUGUUCUUAAUUUCAGAAAUCAUUAUUCUUGAGGCCCUACCUCAAAUUUUGUAUUUAUGUGUACAAAUGCAAUUUAUUGUAUUAUAUAUUUGCCUAUUAUAUUUGAAUGUGAUUAAAUGAAAAUUAUUCGAUAAUGUAUGGGCUCUAAAGACUCUAAAUAAAUGUCUGGUGUUUAAA